AUGUACUCCCUACGGCGCCGUUCCCGUCGUUGGAUUCCACUCGCUUCACCGUUUCUAGGAUGCCUUUUCCUCUACUAUCUUUUCGCCAUCCGUUCGCUUCCGCGUGCCUUCUUCUCCCAGACUCUGAUCCGCUGCCCACCUCUACCGGGUAUUGAAAAUGUCUUGGUGGUCGUGAAAACCGGAGUCACAGAGGCAAUGGAGAAGCUGCCGGUGCACUUCAACACGACCCUGAAGUGCAUUCCCAACUACGUGAUUUUCUCCGAUUUCGAGGAAGACGUGGCCGGAGUCCAUGUCCACGAUGUGCUACGCAAUGUCGACCCGAUCGUAAAACAGACGAACCCGGAUUUUGAAAUAUACAACAGAUUACAAAAACAGGGCAGGCAAGGCUUGAGACCGUUCGAUCUGAGAGAUGAUGCCAACACACCAACGGGCAAGCCCAAUAAUCCAGGCUGGAAACUUGACAAGUGGAAGUUUUUGCCUAUGGUCGAUGAAGCGCUCAGCGCAAAACCGGAUGCGAAGUGGUAUGUGUUUAUGGAAGCCGACACGUACAUAUUCUGGUCCAAUCUCAUGCAAUGGCUGUCAAAAUUCGAUGCGAGACAGCCGCACUAUCUUGGAACGGAGACCCAGAUAGCCGACGUGAUCUUUGCUCACGGUGGGUCUGGAUUCAUGCUGUCUAAUCCUGCGAUGCGGAGAGCGUCCGAACAACGCGCAGCACAUGCAGCGGAGCUGGAUGAGUUCGUCAAUAUCCACUGGGCGGGUGACUGUGUGCUAGGCAAGGUAUUGGCAGACGCUGGCGUCCCACUGCGCUUUACCUGGCCGUUGUUGCAAAAUUCGAGGCUGGCCGAAGUGGACACGCUCACCACCGACUUCUACAGGAAACCUUGGUGUUUCCCUGCGGUCGGUUAUCACCAUAUGUCUCCUGAGGAGAUUGAGUUUAUGUGGCGGUUCGAGCAGAAUCGCUAUCGAAAAACAAACGAUGCGCUGCUCCUGCACAGCGAUAUCUUCAGAGAAGUCAUACAUUACCAGAUCGAGCUCGCGAACCCGCGUAGUGACUGGGAUAAUCUGUCUGGCGACGAACAUCCAACGUCGGGUUCCUUGGAAAACUGCAAGACUCGGUGUCAGAAAGACCUGCACUGCUUCCAGUACAGCUGGCGCGAUGACCGGUGCUACACGUCGAAGACGCCGAAGCUAGGCACGAGUAGUGUCGGCGCACAGUCCGCGUGGAUGAGUGACCGGAUCAACAACACCAUCAAAAGGAUGGGUACAUGUCGCAAGGUCGACUGGGGGUUGUAG